AUGUUGGAUUUAUUGAGUGAUGCUUCCAUUUUUACUAAGUUGGAUCUUCGGAGUGGGUAUCACCAGAUUCGUGUUCGGACCGAGGAUGAGUGGAAGACUGCUUUCAAGACGAAGGAUGGGUUGUAUGAAUGGCUUGUGAUGCCCUUCGGUUUAACCAAUGCACCUAGUACUUUUAUGAGGGUAAUAACACAAGCAUUGAAGCUAGUAUUGGGUAAAUUUGUAGUUGUCUAUUUUGAUGAUAUUUUAAUUUUCAGUCAAUCUGUGCAGGCUCACAUUGACCAUUUGAGGCGCAUUCUAACUAUACUUUGGGCAGAGCAAUUAUUUAUGAAUCGCAACAAGUGUUCCUUUAUGCAAUCACAUGCUUAUUUUUUGGGAUUCAUAAUCUCUGAUCAGGGCACAGAGGCUGACCCUAUUAAAGUACAAGCAAUUACAACUUGGCCUGUCCCUCGAUCAUUUUCUGAUGUUCGAAGUUUUCAUGGGCUGGCCACAUUUUAUAGGCGUUUCAUCCGACAUUUUAGAACCAUAAUGGCGCCACUGACUGAGUGUUUAAAGGCCAAACAAUUUUUAUGGUUAAAGGCAGCUGAUGCGGAAUUUAAAGAAAUUAAAAUCAGAAUGAGAGAGGCUCCUGUUUUGAGGCUUCCAGAAUUUUCUAAGGUUUUCGAGGUAGCUUGUGAUGCAUCACAUGUGGGUAUUGGGGGCGUUCUCAAACAAGAGGGUCAUCCAAUUCCAUUCUUCAGUGAAAAGCUUAAUGAGGCAUGGCGUCAAUAUUCAGCUUAUGAUAUGGAAUUCUAUGCUCUGGUUCAAACACUUAAACAUUGGCGUCCCUAUUUGCUACACAAGGAGUUCAUCCUUUUUACAGAUCAUGAUGCCUUGAAACAUCUUCAUUCACAAAAUAAGUUGAGUGCCAAACAUGCCAGGUUGAUGGAUUUUCUACAACAAUUCGACUUUGUCAUUCGCCACAAGUCAGGGGCUGAAAAUAAGGUGGCUGACUCACUCAGUCACCGUCUGCAUUUGUUAGCGUUAUUUUCAGCUAAUUUUGUGGGAUUUCAAUCUCUUAAAUCCCAGUAUGAGGAUGAUCGGGAUUUUGGCCCAGUGUGGAAGGCAUUACAUCCCAACUUUGUUGCAAGUAAUGUGGAUUAUUCCCAAGUAGGUGCUACAGAAACAGGGCGUGUUGUGCAUCAAGUUGUUGAUCAUUGUCGAGUUUGCCAACUCAACAAAGGCGGUAAGCAAAACACGGGACUUUAUACGCCUCUAUCCAUUCCAAGCAAACCUUGGCAAGACCUUAGUAUGGAUUUUGUUUUGGGAAGGACAUUUGAUGCUUCAAGGGUCGCAGUGUUAUUUUCACAGAAGGCAGUAAGGUUACAUGGGGUUCCUUCUACUAUAAUUUCUGACAGGGAUGUGAAAUUCAUGAGUUAUACUUGGAAGACACUCUGGGCUACAAUGCGUUCUAAGUUAUUAUAUUCUAGUGCUUUCCAUCCACAGACGGACGGGCAAACGGAAGUGACGAACCAGAGUGUGGGAAAUCUUCUUAAAAGGGGGCGUGUUGUGCAUCAAGUUGUUGAUCAUUGUCGAGUUUGCCAACUCAACAAAGGCGGUAAGCAAAACACGGGACUUUAUACGCCUCUAUCCAUUCCAAGCAAACCUUGGCAAGACCUUAGUAUGGAUUUUGUUUUGGGGCUUCCAAAAGCAGUGCGACGCAAUGAUUCUAUCAUGGUUGUGGUGGACCGUUUUUCGAAAAUGUCCCACUUUAUUCCUUGCAGAAGGACAUUUGAUGCUUCAAGGGUCGCAGUGUUAUUUUCACAGAAGGCAGUAAGGUUACAUGGGGUUCCUUCUACUAUAAUUUCUGACAGGGAUGUGAAAUUCAUGAGUUAUACUUGGAAGACACUCUGGGCUACAAUGCGUUCUAAGUUAUUAUAUUCUAGUGCUUUCCAUCCACAGACGGACGGGCAAACGGAAGUGACGAACCAGAGUGUGGGAAAUCUUCUUCGAUGUCUUAUAGCUGAUCAUGUUACUUGCUGGAAUUUAAUUUUACCCCAAGCAGAAUUUGCAUUUAAUAAUUCAGUUAACAGGAUACACACAAAGAAGUCAGAUGACGUCUUACUCUCAGUUCUGAGCAGUAUGCUAAUGCAGCCAACACCCAUCGUCGAGAGAAGCAGUUUGCCAUUGACGAUCUUUCCCAUUUUUAAUGUUGAAGAUCUUACAGAAUUCAAGGGUGAGCUAAAUGACAGUGUUUCUUCAGGAGUUUCUGCGAGUAAUUCAAUGGGCGAUGCACACAUUCCUAGUGUCUCUAAAUCGCGAGAAGAAAUAGACGCAAUAUCUGACCAUCAAUUUGUUACUACUCGUCGUGGGGGUUAUUACAAAUUUUUAGUCCAUUGGAAGAACAAGCCACAUUCAGAAUUUGUUUCGCUUCAAGGUGAUGAAUUACGACGCCUCAAUGCUACGCUAUUUGAGUCCUGUCUCCAAGCCCACUUGCCGGAGUCAAGUCUGUUAGGAUGGGAGGAAAUUGGAUAUGAAUAA